AUGGUGGCGAAUGAGACCCUUCACAAGUACGGCAGUGAUGACGGCUGGCAUGGUGUCAUCGAAGAAGGAGCAGAGUUCCCACCUGAGAAAGACAGGUAUCACUUGUAUAUUGGUCUCUUCUGUCCUUUCGCCCACCGUGCCAACCUAGUCCGACACAUCAAGCGCCUGGACUCCUUCCUUCCUAUCUCGAUUGUCAAGCCCUACCCCAAGGGCGAGCCAGGCUGGCGCUUCGAUGAAACAUACCCCAAUGCCACGCCAGAUCACAUCUUCAACAGCCGCUUUAUGCACCAGCUCUACUUUCGCGAUGACCCAUCGUACACAGGCAAAUACAGUGUUCCGCUCCUAUGGGACAAGAAGACAAACCGAAUCGUCAACAACGAAAGCAUUGAGAUGCUGAAGUGGCUCCCUCAUGCUUUCGACAGCCUGAUCAAAGACGAUAAGAUCAAAGGCAUCGACUUCUACCCACAAGAGCUGCAGGGGAAGAUCGACGAGAUCACACCCUGGCUUACAUCUCUCAUCUGCAUCGGAGUGUACAAAGCCGGCUUCAACCCCACACAAGAGGGGUACAAUGAGCACGUUGUGUCGCUCUUCGCGGCGCUAAACAAACUGGAGAAGCUAGUGCACAGCAACGGUGGACCAUACGUCUUGGGUGGGAAACUAACUGAGUUGGACAUCCUGACCUACCCGACGGUGGUCAGGUUUGAUACAGUCUAUGUGCAACAUUUUAAGACGAACUUGGGGACCAUCAGACACGAUUACCCGGUCUUGAACAACUGGCUCAAGAACUUGUAUCACAACGUAGAGGGUUUCAAGGAGUCGACCGAUUUCCAACACAUCAAGGAGAAUUACACAAAGAGCCAUAAGGACAUCAAUCCGCUGUCGAUCACUCCAAUGGGCCCGUACCCGGAGGUCGAGGAAGGAUACGAAAGUGAUUGGAGCAAGCUCAAGCCUGGAGAAGUGAAGCAUCCAUUGGUUGUCGAAGCCGGGAGUAAGCUAUAA